AUGUUCUUUUCACAGAUUGUCUUGGCCAAGAGAGGUCCUCUUGCCAAGAUUUGGCUUGCCGGUCAUUGGGAUAAGAAGCUAACAAAAAAGAAUAUCUUUAAGACUAAUAUUCCUAAAUCAAUCAGAUAUAUUAUAAAUCCACAUCUUCCGAUGGCUCUUCGUAUGACAUCACAUCUUUUGCUUGGUGUCGUUCGUAUUUUCUCGAAAAAAGUUAAAUUCCUCUUGGAUGACUGUGGUGAUGCCGUAGCCAGAUUCAAAGGUACUACGAAAAUAGCAACACCAGGUAUUACAUUGACAGUUGCAGAGGAAGAAGAAGAUCCACAAACUUUAGCUGCAACAUCGAAACCAAUCAAUAUAGCUCAACAGAUCGAUGAUUAUCUUCGUGGUGUUGAUAGAAUCGAAGACUUGGUUAUUGAUAGAUUUUUUGAAUCAAAGAAUUUCCAACAACUCUACAUCGAUACAAUGAAGUCAGCUGCUGCACCAUAUACACCAGCUGGUAAAGGAAAACAACAGCAACAAUCAUCAACAGUGUCUGGAGAUCAACCACCAACUACUCCAGGACAAGAUUUGAUACAGAGUGAAGAUGAAAGUGGUACUCCUUCACAUCUCGAUGUGCUUAAACAACAACGUCUAGAUAGAGACAUUGAAGAUGAGCUGAAUAGAAUGGAGGCAAGACGUCAGGAGGAUGUUGAUGAUGAGAUGGUAUUGCCUGGACAACCACCCAAGGGUCAAGAAGAUUCGUUCAUUGGCUACAAAGAAUGGAUGGAGAACUAUCAUGCCGACGAGAUGAUUAUAAGAGGUGCACAGCGUCCCUCCAUUCAGAUCACACCACAGCGACCAAGUCUGCCAGGUGGUAGCGAAGAGCAAAAGAAAAAGUUUGGUACCGAACUCUCAAUCGAUGAGGAAUUCCCACCACCCUCUCCAGAGUCACCGUAUCGCGCACCAAAAGAGAUGUCUGGCUAUGACCAGGAGCUACUCAUUCAACUACCAACUACAGAGAUCACCGGUGAAUUCGAUCCAAAUCAAUUCUACCAAGCCGAGGAAGUCGAUAAGCUUUUGGAGCCAGCAAAUGAGUUUGUAGAGUUUGACAAGGAUAUGUUCCCAACAGCUGAUGAACCCGAUGUCAACGCUGGAAUGGAGAUUGAAACACACGCUGGAAUGGAGUUUGACUACGGUGGAGGUGAAAUGCCCGACACUGAACCACAACCACAAGAAGAUAUUACAAAGGCAGCAUUGAGCGAAGAGGAAAAGCAACACACAACAGACUCUGAGGCCAACACACAAAGAAAAGUACUGCCUGUCAUUCCAUUGGUUGGACCAAGUGAAAAGGAAAAAGAAAAAGAAAAAAAAGAAAAGAAAAAAACUCCUUCCGUUCGUAGAUACCGACACAAUGUGUUUAGUGAAGCGGAAAUCAACAAACUGAAAAACCAUGCCAAUCUUUUAUUGGCACCACACACAUCACUGCCAACCUCAAACAAUGAAUUCAAAGUCGCCACCAACACAAGCGUGAUGCCAGGACCAAAAUACUCGUUGCUCUUGCCAAUCAGAAGAAAGAUGAAUCUAAAGAUUGUCAACUACUUUAGAGAUAUCUUCCAGCAUAAAUAUACCGAUGUCUUGUCAGCGGAAGACAUUAACCAGCUCAACUACAUCAAAGCAAACAAGAUACAUCACUCACUGAAGGAAUACGCCGGUCAGGGUGUGGAAUUCGACAGCCGAAUGAAGGAGGGACUCGGUAUCCCAGCUGAUGCCGACUUUGAAAACGUCUCAUUAAAGGAACAAAUCAUUCAAAAGAACGUAACCUCACACAUUGAAGACUCAAGACACAUCACACCAAACAAGAGAAGAAAAUUCGAUUUGGAUAUCACCGUCGAGGAAGAAGAGAGUUUGCUGGCCGAUUUGGAAAAGGAGUUGGAUCAACUGGCAAUGAAACCGGCUCUGCCGUCGGUGGGUGAAGAAAUUCAAGACUACAAACAGCAACCGGGCAGUCCAAUCGGUGGAGAGACUCAUGGAAUCGACACUCACGAUAUGUUUAACUAUGAUGACUAUCAGGGUGGUGGUGAUUAUCCGCAGGACGAUGAUCUGGCCAAUGCCGGACUCAGUCCAAUUCCACAUCAACAGCAAGAGGCAGACGACAGUCUUUACAAAACUCCGCAAUCAACAAAGAAAACACCAGGACCCGGUACUUGGACGCCAAGAACAGCCACAAUGCACAACGUUCUCAAUUCAUAUUUUUCCACCAGCAAAUCAACAACCAUUCAAUUCAAUUCACUCGUUUCUGACAAACAAACAAGAGUCGCCGUCGCAGGAACUUUUUAUGAACUGCUUGUACUCAAAACAAAAGGACUGGUGCAAGUUCAACAAGAUGAAUCCUAUGGUGAUAUUUUAAUUACAAAGACAGAGCAAUUCCAUCAAACUAAAACUUGGGCUAAAACUGUCGAGGGUAGUUUAGAAUAA